UUGUUAGCCUUCAUUGUCAUCAGUGCUUGUGUUGUUCGGUUUUCUUCGAGAGCUCAUCCGAUGUUUUCGGAUACUUGUGCUCUGCCACAUAACCACCUUGACCUGUGCUUUUAGAGUGACUUCGAAUAACAUCAGUGCCCAACGGUGUUUUUUAAUUUCGAAAAGACAAGACACGCGGUGUCGUCGUAGUAAAUAACAAGUGCUACUGCGGCUGUGUUUUUUUGACUUUUUUAAAAAAUCGUCAACAAUCUCAGAGAGACUUAUGCGUGAGAAGCAAGGCUUACACGAGUUUGUCUGAUUUUUAAAAGAUAGUUAAUAAUACUACGAGUGCAAGUGUAAACACAGUGCGCCGGUAAUAAACGAAAGGUACACACCUGCGUAUACAUUAUACGGUUGUAGGUGUUGUGUAGUCGAAUUCUUGAGUUUUCGACCCCAGACCGGCAAAGUGAAUUUGAUUUUGGGAGAGCAGUUGCUUCUGGAGGAGACGCUCGCCAGGAUGCGCGGCGAAACGACCCAGCAGCCGAGGAGGGGCAACCGGCCGAACCUCAGUCCCGAGGAAAAACUCGGGGCGAUCGAGCGGGUCACCUCGGGAGAGAGCAAAGCCUCGGUGGCCCGGGAACUCGGCGUACCCGAGUCGACCCUGCGUGGCUGGUGCAAAACCGAGCACAAGAUCCGCCGGCAGGUCACGAGCACGCACCCUUCGGGGUCACCGGACAGCAGCCCGUACUCCCCCGACUCUGCGGGCAGCGGCACACCGCCUCCCCGCGCCACAAGCGACGACGAGGAGACCGCGCCAGCAGUGGUCGUCAACUCGCCUGCGAUUAUCUGCAGCAACCCGCCAAAGAAACGUAAACUCGACCACCAGCUGCAACAACAGUUGCUGGUGCAACAGCAGCCGUCACAACAACCACAACAGAGCGUCACUGCGAGCAGCACGACCGCGGCGGUAGUCGAUACCAAUGGCACCGACUUGGCGAGCAGUUUGAGUAGUUUGGCCAGCACCUCGUCGGCCAGCCCGUCUACAAACUACGAUUUCCUCAACAACUACGCCCAAAUUUACAACAGCCUCUCGGAAGAGCAAAGAAAGAUCAUCCAGAGCAAUCUGGUGAGCGCCAGCGUGACGGCCUCCUUGUACCAAAAAUUCUUCCUGCAGCAGGCGAGCUCCCUGCCCAUGAACGUCGCCAAUCCUCUGACCGUGAAUUUCGUGGACAACGGACUGCAGUACCACAAACAAAAACCCACAACCAGCAGCAGUACCGGCAUCAACAGUAUCAAGAACAACAGCAGUAAUAUAAACAACAACAACAACAACACCAGCGCCAACAGUAAUGGUAACAGUACGAACAGUAGCAGCAGCAGCCGGCGCCAGUCGUCCGCUCAUGCCUCCGUGGUGGCACCGAUGUCCUCGCUCGCGGAUUCGAAUGCGCGCUCCGCGUCGAGGCAAUCGAUGUCCCCGGCCGCCGAGCCGCCCACGAUGCUCAUUCCCUCGCACCACAGCAGCGGUAGUAUCGGUAGUAGCAACGGAAGCAACGGCAAUAGGCGUAGCAGCCCGAUCCCGAGGCCCGGCUUCGUGCUCAACGACACAACACUGCAAGCUUGGAAGGAAUCGGCCCAGCACAGUACCAGCGAGACCGUGCCGACGAACUUCUGGCAGGCUUUCAAGAGCCUCGGCACGCCCGUGCGCUCGCUCGACUCCACGGCCACCGCGGUCAGUUCGACCGAUGCCUCCUCGAUGCCGACGAACCUGAGCACGAAGCUGUCAUCCGUCAAGGCCAAGCUCGACGACAUCAUGUGCCAGGAGGCCACUGCUUACAACCAAAGCGAGGAGAGCGCCAUCAGUUUCGACGACGCUAUGCUCUCGGGCGAGAAGCUACUCAAUUGGAUGACAAACAACACCGUCAAACGUAUUUCGCAGACCGACAUUCUGCAGUUCAAGGGUCUGCUCAACAAGCUCAAGGACGGCAAAGGGCAAGUACCCAGGACCAAGCAUAGCCGGAAAUCCGCUUGGAUAUAAACACGUUAACUCGCGCACGUAUGUAUACUCGUCAAUGAACAUGAUCGCGAUUUCCUAAAACAGUGCUGUGAUCGAUGUUAUUUCACUCACGAAGAGAGUGUCAGAUAUAUAGUUAUUAAGCAUCAUUUCCUGUAUCAACAUUUCAAUUACUUUUUUUUUUUACUUUUUCCUUUUUCUUUUUUUCGUUCCAUUUUUUAUUUUCUUUUUAUUCUCAACAAAAAUCUUUUGGAGAUUUUCUUCAUUUUGUAAAUGAAGGCUUAUCGUCUUAAGUUUAACAAACAUGUACAUUGCUAAGUAUCGAUUUUGUAAAUAUGUCCAAGUGACACUUCCAAGUCAUUAUUAAUAACGUAUUAAUGUAAAAAUGUUCAAGUAGAACAGUAAAUGUAAAAAAACAAAAAAAAAAAUGAUUAUUCGAAAACGCAUGUACCAAGAUAAUAGGGAGGUAGAAACAUAUGGCCAUCCUUGAUGCAUUUAAGAUUUAGUCUUCGCGUGUUUUUCAUGUUUCAAAAUUAAAAUUUCUUAAAUCUUACAAUUUAUUUUAAAAAA